CUAUUCUCUUCGUGUUUAUCGCGGCACUCUCUUUUAUUUUUAGUGUACACGUGAUUCGCCUUUCCCCUUAAUUACAGUUUUUGUGGCGCUCGUCGCGAAUUAAAAGCAUAUUAUUUGCGAGGCUGCCUAUUUGGAAUAGUCAUUAUAAUAUAUUAUUACAUUUAAUACAUACCUAGUCAAAUUAUUCGCAUAUGAAAUCAAAGUGCAAUCUCAGUCUAACUCAGUUAAUUUUUUCUGUUGAUAGAGUACUUUUGUGACUCAGCAUUAUUGGUUUUUUUUUCAUUGCUGGUCUUUCGAUACUCUAAAAGGUCAUUUUAUAACGUCUCUUGUACGAAAUGCAUUAAAUGUCUGAAGCAAUAUUCCAAGCAAAUUGUAGGGUAUCUAAUAGGCUUCUACUGCAGCCUUCCUUUCCCCAGCUAUUUUUACAAACAUCGACGCUUCACCGCCGCCGAAAAUUGCCGACGAAUUCGGCGGACCCAGUUUUUAGAUUUUUGCAGUCGAGGCGCGGAGCAACCAGUCCACAAUCAGCAAUUAACGUCGAUCGCGGAGCUCGACAAGCUACUCAAAUCGUUGUUGGCUCUCACGAAGUGUGUGGAAACUAACUUUUGUUUACUUACGGCAGUCUAGAAAAUCACAAUCUAAAAACGCAGCAAGCUACUCGAGCCCCAAUGUUUUGACCAGUCGAACAGCGACACUCGCAGCCAGCGGAGCAACCAAAAACACUUGAGCAGCUGACAUUUAAGUUCUGGUUACCCCGUUUUGCUGGAAACUAACAGAAUGACUACCAAAUUCUCAAUCAAUGGGGUGCCCUACGCAGUGAAUCUAAGCAACCUUCCACCGGACAUCACCCUGAACACCUUCAUCCGGGAGCACGCCCAGCUCACGGCCACCAAGUUCAUGUGCCAGGAGGGAGGAUGUGGCGCCUGCAUUUGCGUGGUGCGCGACGGAAAGCGCAGCUGGGCAGUCAAUUCGUGCCUCACUCUGCUGAAUACGUGUGCCCAGCUGGAGAUCGUGACCGCCGAGGGACUGGGCAAUCAGCGCACCGGCUACAAUCCCAUCCAGAAGCGACUGGCCAAGAUGAAUGGCACCCAGUGCGGCUUCUGCUCGCCGGGAUUCGUGAUGAACAUGUAUGGGCUAAUGGAGCAGAAUGAGGGCAAGAUCAGCAUGGCGGAGGUGGAGAACUCCUUUGGUGGAAACAUUUGUCGCUGCACGGGAUAUCGCCCCAUUCUGGACGCCAUGAAGUCCUUUGCGGUGGACAGCAACAUUGCGAUUACCGCCGAGUGCGGGGACAUAGAGGAUCUAAGGCCCCGGAACUGCCCAAAGACCGGACAAGCCUGCAGUGGCAGCUGCCUUCCGUCCACUCUGGUCUACGAAGAUGGUGUUCAGUGGCACUGGCCCAAGAACCUUAGCGAACUGGUCGAGGCCCUGGACAAGGUGAAGGACUCAGAGGAGUUCAUGCUGGUGGCUGGCAACACGGCUCAUGGGGUCUACCGAAGAUCGGCGGAUAUCAAGCACUUCAUCGAUGUGCGCGGAGUGGAGGAACUGCAUCAGCACAGCAAUGAGGGACAGCAAUUGAAGCUGGGAGCUAAUCUCAGUCUCACCGAGACCAUGGAAAUCAUUCGCACUACUUCCAAGCAACCGGGAUUCGAGUACUUGGAGGCUCUGUGGAACCACAUUGACUUGAUUGCCAAUGUUCCAGUGCGAAACUCUGGAACUUUGGCUGGCAAUAUUUCGAUUAAAAAACAAAAUCCCGAGUUCCCUUCGGAUAUCUUCAUAUCCUUUGAGGCCCUGAAUGCCAAGGUGGUGGCUUUGAAAAGCGCUGCUGACGAGAAGGAAAUGACCCUCUCGGAAUAUCUAAGCACAAAUGACAGGAAGCUGGUGCUCAAGGCCUUUCUUCUUCCUGCCUACCCGAAGGAUAAAUACAUUUACGACUCCUAUAAGAUCAUGCCUCGUGCCCAAAAUGCCCAUGCGUAUGUCAACGCCGCUUUUCUCCUUGAAUUGGAAGCCGAUAACAAGGUGAAGUCUGCUCGAAUUUGCUUCGGUGGAAUCCGUCCAGAUUUUACCCAUGCCUCAGCUAUUGAGAAACUGCUGGUGGGACAGAAUCCCUACGCACCUACUCCGGUGGAGCAGACAUUCACACAACUGGAGGACCUGAUUAAGCCGGAUGAAGUGCUGCCGGAUGCCAGUCCCGCCUACCGUUCCAAGUUGGCAUGCGGACUGCUCUACAAGUUCCUCCUGAAACACGCACCCGAGGCGGAUGUGGGCGAGAAAUUCCGAAGCGGAGGGCAGAUCCUGCAGCGGCCACUUUCCUCUGGCUUGCAAGUGUUCCAGACCCAGAAGAAGAACUAUCCCGUCACCCAAGCGGUGGAAAAAGUCGAGGGCAUGAUACAGUGCUCUGGAGAGGCCACCUACAUGAACGACGUCCUGACCACUUCCAAUGCGCUGCACUGCGCUUUCGUGGGGGCCACCAAGGUGGGGGCCACCAUUGAUUCCAUCGACGCCUCCGAAGCCCUCAAACAACCUGGAGUGGUCGCCUUUUACAGUGCCAAAGACAUUCCCGGCACCAAUACUUUCUGUGAGCCCAGCUUUGGUUUCGAGGUGGAGGAGAUCUUCUGCUCGGGAUUGGUGCGCCACUCAGAGCAGCCCGUGGGUGUAAUCGUGGCUCUCACUGCUGACCAGGCUCAAAGAGCUUCGAAGCUGGUGAGGAUCAGCUACAGCAAUCCCAGCUCCGACUUCAAGCUGCUGCCGAGCCUAGCAGAUGUAUUCGCAUCGCCAACCCCGGAUUCCUCUCGCAUAGUGCCAGUAUCGAAAUCGGAUUCCAAGAAGAUCAAGUUCUCGGACCAGCCGGACAAAGAAGUGAGGGGCAUCUUCCAGAUGGGUCUGCAGUAUCACUUCACCAUGGAGCCCCAGACAACUGUGGCCAUUCCGUUUGAAGAUGGUCUCAAAAUCUUUUCGGCCACCCAGUGGAUGGAUCACACCCAGUCUGUGAUUGCCCAUAUGCUGCAGGUGAAGGCCAAGGAUGUUCAGCUACAGGUCCGUAGAUUGGGCGGUGGCUAUGGAUCGAAGAUAACCCGAGGCAAUCAGGUGGCCUGCGCAGCUUCCCUGGUUGCAUACAAGCUGAAUCGUCCCGUUCGCUUCGUCCAAUCCCUGGAGUCCAUGAUGGAUGUCAAUGGCAAGCGCUGGGCUUGUCGCUCCGACUACCAGUGCCACAUCAAGGCGAAUGGCAAGAUUGUGGGCUUGACCAAUGAUUUCUACGAGGAUGCUGGCUGGAGUCCUAAUGAAAGUCCCAUUGAGGGUCAUUCGACCUUCACGGCCACCAAUUGUUAUGAUUUGAGCGGAGAUAACUUCAAAAACAACGGAAACGCCGUGCUAACUGAUGCCCCCAGUUCCACUUGGUGUCGUGCUCCGGGAUCUGUGGAGGGUAUUGCCAUGAUGGAGAACAUCAUCGAGCAUGUGGCCUUCGAAGUCCAGAGAGAUCCGGCUGAAGUUCGCCUUGCCAACAUUGCGGCGGGUAACAAGAUAUCCGAGUUGCUUCCCCAGUUCCUGGAGUCUAGGGAAUACGCCCAGAGAAAACAAGAAAUUGAGUCCCAUAAUGCCAAGAAUCGCUGGACGAAACGAGGUCUUGGACUGGCGGUUAUGGACUAUCCCAUUUUCUAUUUUGGUCAGUACCCGGCUACUGUGGCCAUCUAUCAUGUGGAUGGCACUGUUGUGGUUACCCAUGGAGGCAUCGAAAUGGGACAGGGUAUGAACACUAAGGUCGCUCAGGUGGCUGCCUACACCCUGGGCAUCGAUUUGGGCUUCAUCAAGGUGGAGUCCUCCGACACCAUCAAUGGAGCCAAUUCGAUGGUCACCGGAGGAGCUGUUGGCAGUGAAAGUCUCUGCUAUGCAGUUCGCAAGGCCUGUGAGACCUUAAACAGUCGCUUGGAGCCGGUGAAGAAGAAGGAUGCCAGUUGGGUGGAGACAGUUGGAGCUGCCUAUGGCAAAUCGAUAAACCUGAUUGCCUCCGAUCACUACAAGGAGGGCGAUAUGCAGAACUAUCAUAUAUACGGUCUGGCCCUAACCGAAGUAGAGCUGGAUGUUCUAACCGGAAACAGUCAGAUCAAACGUGUGGACAUCCUGGAGGAUGCCGGAGAGAGCUUGAGUCCCUACAUAGACAUCGGACAGAUUGAGGGCGCCUUUGUCAUGUGCCUGGGCUACUGGCUGACUGAGCAGCUGGUGUACGAUCGGGAAACAGGUCGCCUGCUCACCAACCGCACCUGGAACUACAAGCCGCCGGGCGCCAAGGACAUUCCCAUCGAUUUUCGCAUUGAGCUGAUUCAGAAGCCCAAUCCCACUGGGGCGGGAUUCAUGCGGUCGAAGGCCACUGGAGAACCACCCUGCUGUUUGGCCGUGAGUGUGGUCUUCGCCCUGCGACAGGCCCUGGAUUCAGCCCGCCAGGAUGCGGGACUACCGCGCGAGUGGGUGCGUCUCGGUGCUCCCACAACUCCGGAAACUCUAGUGGUCAACGCAGGACAUGAGGCCGCCAGUUUUAGGCUUAAGUAAAUGCGGGGUUUCGGGGAUUUUCUGCAUCACUUAUGCAUAAUAUUGUUAUAUCUUCCUACAUAUGCUUGAAAUAUUUUUAUUUCGGAAUGCCUUUGGCUGCAUUGUUAUAAUCAUCUAUAAUCACAAAUCUGCGAUUAUCGUUUAGACGUGACGUUCACAAGUCUUUUUGACUCUUUCAUAUUGUAUUUUAUCACAAAUGAUAUCAUAUGUGAAGUUCUGGAAAUAAAAACCCAAACGGAUUUAGUAUAGUUUUCUGUGCAGCUUCUGCUUGUAUUACAAAACUUUCAAUAAAGUGUAAAGCAUCAG